CCGGCGGCCGCCACUCGUCCUUCCGGCUCGAACCAUGGCGUUCGCCGGUACAGCGCUGCUGCUGCUGCUGGCGGUGGCCAUCGGCCCAGUUCGCGCCGGCGUCACCAUCGCCGACAACGGCUACUCCGGCGUGCUGGUCGGCAUCUCGCAGGACGUGCCGCAGGAGCAGGGCCAACAGCUCAUCGACGCCGUUAAGGUCAUGUUCCGCGAGGCGUCUCAGGCGCUCUUCACGGCCACUGAUAGACGCGCCUACUUCAAAAGUGUCACGAUCCUGAUUCCGAUGUCCUGGACGAAUUUCACCAUCGACCGGGAGUCGUUCGCGGAAGUGUAUGAGGGGGCAGACGUGCGGCUGGCCCCGCCCAACCCUGCGUACGGCGACAACCCGUACACGCUGCAGCCGGGCGGCUGCGGCGAGCCCGGCAAAUACAUCCAUGUCUCGCCAGGCUACCUGCAGAACCUCAACACUAGCUCAACUCGCAGAUUCGGCCCUCCAGGCAAGGUGCUGACCCACGAAUGGGCUCAUCUGAGGUACGGCGUCUUUGAAGAGUAUGGCUACCCUGGUGACGACACAUACCCGAUGUUCUACUACACACGCGAGGCUAAUGGAGAGAGCAAAGUGGUUCCCAAUACCUGCUCCAACACAGACCUACGCGGAUACAAAAUGGACCAGAAGACUCAGCAGCCAUGCACUUACAGCAAGACCACUGGGCUGCCGGACAACAACUGCGUCUUCUACCCGUAUGACGACAACGACGCCAUCUCGUCCUUGAUGGCGUUCACCUACCUGGACUCGGUGAACCAUUUCUGCAACAACAGCGAUGAUAAGCGGCACCGUCCGGAUGCGCCCAACAAGCAGAACUUCCGCUGCAACCAGAGAUCGGUCUGGGAGGUGAUGAGAGAAAACGCCGACUUCAAGGGAGGCAGGAACCCGCCGGCCAGCUUGGAGCCGAACCAGCUUGUGCCGACGUUCGAGGUGGUGCAACCGGCACAGGCCAGGUUCAUCAUGGUGCUCGACACAUCCGGCAGCAUGGGGGAUGUGUCUGCAGCGUCGUCGAGACAAACGUCUAAAAUACAGAAGCUUCACUCUGCUGCCACCAAAUGGAUCAAGUACGAACUCCAGAACGGCACUUGGGUGUCCAUCGUGACGUUUACAGACACCGCAGUUCUUCGAACAGACUUCAAGCAGAUUGUGGAUAAGACAUCAAGAGAAGAAAUUGCCAGACAUGUUCCUUCAUCAGCAUUUGGUGGCACGUGCAUCUGCAACGGUGUAUAUUUGGGACUUAAGACUCUGAAGAAAGCGGUAGGGACUGGUGGAGUGAUGGUCCUCAUGACAGACGGCGGGGAGAAUCCCCCCUGCUACAACCCGGACACAAAGGCCAUGUGGGACCUGACCGACCUGUACGACCCCGUGGUGGCGGCCGACGUUCGCGUCAUCACAAUGGCCUUCGGAACGUCGGCCGAUUCCCGAUUGGAGAAGUUCGCUGACAUUAGUGGUGGGAGGACGUACUUCAUCAGCGAAACGAAGGCCUCACUGCAGCUCGACCAGGCGUUCCAGGGCUGUCUGACCUACCAACCGGACAUCACAGUGGAGACUGAGAAGAACAUUGUGCUGUUUCAGCAAUAUUUUUCCGGAUCUUCCGUCACAACAUUUUCCAGUAUGUUCUCCAUCGAUCCAACAACGGGGAGAGAUGUCGUCUUCAAACUGGCGUUCGAUGAUGCAUCGGCCAUCAGCACCGUCAAGUCUGUUCGCUUGGUCUCUCCUACCGGCGCGACUUACACGAACGUCUCCUACGAACCGAGUGAAAACUUCGGCACGUUGAAGUUGCAUCUUGCUGAGGAAGGCGAUUGGCAGUUCUCCGUGGCUUUCAAAGGCAGAUCCGAUGAUGUUGUCAUCACUGUCACGUCUAAGUCCAGGUCCAACGGCACGCUGCCGCUGACAACGGAGUGCUGGAUCGGUACCAUCGGCCAGGUGACCGUCACAGAGUCCACGCGACUGGCCGUGCUGGGCCGGGUCCGCCAGGGCAACAACGCCGUGCUGUCAGCCACAGUCGUGGCGCACGUCACCACACCGAGUGCUAGUUCAGGUGUGCAGGACCUGCUACUCCUGGACAAUGGUGCGGCUGCAGAUGCCAUUAGAAACGAUGGCAUCUAUAGCAAGUACUUCACCCAGUUCGACGGAAAGGGCCGGUACUCGGUCGUCUGCGAGGUGCGGAACGACGGCAACGCCGUGAUCAACGAGGGCUUCUCGGCGUCGGCGGCCAUGCCGAACCCCAACACCGACAGCUCGAGCUGGUGCUGCGGCAGCGCCUCCCCGAUCGGCAACACCAGGCCAACAGGCAGCUUUACCCGGACGGUGAGCGCUGGGGCCUUCCAGGUGACAAACAACGCCCGUGGCAGCCUGCUGCCGCCGGCCCAGGUCACCGACCUGGUCAUGAGCGAACGCGCCUCGGACGGCGCCGUGGUCACCUGGACGGCGCCCGGAGCUGACCUGGAUCAGGGCAUCGCAUACCGGUACCAGUUCAAGUGGUCUGCCAAUGCGACCGACCUGUCGCCGACCCAGUUCGAUGCCAACGGCGAGGAGGUCGACAGCUCGCUGGUGGCGCCCCCGGAGAUCAGCGGCACCGUGCAGAACCUGAUUUUGCCAGUGCCGUCCAGCCUGGAUACAGUCUACCUGGCCAUGUGCACGUUCGACCAGCAGGGGCACCGCAGCGCCGUCUCCAACACGGCGAUCCUGUACCUGGGCUCCGUGCCGUCUCCCCCGGACGGUAGCCUCCUUGUCGGCGUCAUCGUCGGCAUCAUCAUCGCCGCCGUCGUCCUGCUGGCGGCGGCUGUGGUGGGGGCGCUUAUGGUGCGGCACCGGCAGCGCGUCAUGGCGGCGUGAAGCGCCGCGGCGAGUUUAUCAAAGGAGAGAGACCACUGAUAUGGCGAACGUUGACGACAGGCGGAAACGUAGCUCGAGAGUCGUGAAGUAGCUUCCCAUUACGAAUAGUCGCUGUCGGAGCUCGAUGGUGCGGGCGGUUAACAGUGCCUGGGAUAAUGCCGCGUGAUGAAACGUUGCUCCGAGCGCCCCGUUACUGCGUCCCUGUUGAUGGUGUAAGACCGUACGCUGGUAAUGGUACCGCGUAAAAAAGAUAUCAGCAGAUGUUUAUCACCGGGUUGCUGUCUUGCUUGUUGCUAACAAAAUUACCUCGAGCAUGAGCUAUCAAAUGUUUGUAUGUGAACAGCCUUGAGCGAAAUAUAAUUUGCGUGAUCGCG